AUGAGGUAUCGGCGGGAGACAUUAAACACUCUUAUCUAUCUAUCUAUUUAUCUAUCUAUCUAUCUAUCUAUGAUUUUCUCACAGAAAUCAAGCAUUUAUUUUUCAGCGCGCCCACGUCGCCAAUCUUACUAUUAUUAUUUCUCUCUGUUUCUGGUUGCCUACAUGUAUCUCUCUCUCUCCUUCUCUCUCUCUCUCUCUCUAUCUCUCUCUCUCUCUCUCUCACUCACUCCCCUUCUCUCAUCGCUUUUCCACUAUUCCUUGCUUGGCAUUUCUUCACGACUGUGUCUCUCUUUUCUCUCUCUCUCUCUCUGCUUUCUAUCUCAGUCUCUCUCUCUCUCUCUCUAUUAUUCCAUUCUUUCCACUUUCUUUUCUUUUCUCUUACAGUCCCUUUUUAGAAUCUUGUUUUCCCUCUCUCUCUCUCUUAGCCUUUAUUCCUCUCAGUUUGUAUAUCUUUCUCCCCCCGUCUUCGCCAUUUUGUUUUUCUGCCUUCUUUAUCUUCUUUUUAUGCGUUAUUUGAAAAUCUCUCUCUCUUUAAAUCUAUCUAUCUAUGAUGAUUUCAGUGAUCAUUUGAAAGCCUCUUUCUCUUUUUCUCUUUCACUUUGUACUGCUCACUGUUUUGCUCGAUAUUUCGGACAUUUCAAAGUCUCCCGUCUCUCUCUCUCUCUCUUUCUCUCUUUAUAUCCUUGUUUCUUUCUUUUUCUCCCCCACACGCUCACACACACACGCACUCAUUUCCACUCUCCACAUCCACAAUUUUCUUCUUCUUCUUCUUCUUUCUCUCUCGUUUACGCAAAUUUUGAUUUCUUUAUUUCUCUUCUAUUUUACGGCCCGUUUGAAAUGAUAUCUAUCUAUCUAUCUAUCUAUCUAUCUAUCUAUCUAUCUAUCUAUCUAUCUAUCUAUCUCAGUCUCUUGAUUCUAUCUAUCUAUCUAUCUAUCUAUCUCAGUCUCUUGAAUCUAUCUAUCUAUCUAUCUAUCUAUCUAUCUAUCUAUCUCAGGCUCUUGAUUCUAUCUAUCUAUCUAUCUAUCUAUCUAUCUAUCUAUCUAUCUAUCUAUCUAUCUAUCUAUCUCAGUCCUUUUCAUAUCUAUCUAUCUAUCUAUCUAUCUAUCUAUCUAUCUAUCUAUCUAUCCCAGUCUGUUGAUAUCUAUCUAUCUAUCUAUCUAUCUAUCUAUCUAUCUAUCUAUCUAUCUAUCCCAUCUCUUGAAUCUAUCUAUCUAUCUAUCUAUCUAUCUAUCUAUCUAUCUAUCUAUCUCAGUCUCUUGAAUCUAUCUAUCUAUCUAUCUAUCUAUCUAUCUAUCUAUCUAUCUCAGUCCUUUUCAUAUCUAUCUAUCUAUCUAUCUAUCUAUCUAUCUAUCUAUCUAUCUAUCUAUCUAUCUAUCCCAGUCUGUUCAUAUCUAUCUAUCUAUCUAUCUAUCUAUCUAUCUAUCUAUCUAUCUAUCUAUCUCAGUCUCUUGAAUCUAUCUAUCUAUCUAUCUAUCUAUCUAUCUAUCUAUCUAUCUAUCUAUCUCAGUCUCUUGAUUCUAUCUAUCUAUCUAUCUAUCUAUCUAUCUAUCUAUCUAUCUCAGUCUCUUGAAUCUAUCUAUCUAUCUAUCUAUCUAUCUAUCUAUCUAUCUAUCUAUCUAUCUAUCUAUCUCAGUCCUUUUCAUAUCUAUCUAUCUAUCUAUCUAUCUAUCUAUCUAUCUAUCUAUCUAUCUAUCUAUCCCAGUCUGUUCAUAUCUAUCUAUCUAUCUAUCUAUCUAUCUAUCUAUCUAUCUAUCUAUUUUACUCUUAUACGGCCCGUUUCUACUCUAUAUCUAUACGGUUCUAUUUUCCUUUCUUUAUCUUUUCUCUUACGAUCUUUCUGUCUUUGUUUUCUCUUUCAUUUCCCUAUCUUUCUCUCUCUCAGUUCCAUAUCUGCACACCUAACUUUUUUGCCUGUUACGUACCAUUCCAAAGCCUCCCAGCCCGUCCACACAAUUUUGUUUCUUUUUCCCUCUUGUGUUCCUCCCUCUCACAACACUUUCCAACGUUUUCCGUUCUGCGAUGUCGUCAACAAAAUUUAUUCUUAUUCAGUUAUUCAUUGUUUUUAUUUAGUUUCAAUCUAUCUUCCCAUCUAUUUCGACAGCAUCAGAUCGAGCCGGCUCGCAACGUAUUAA